AUACAAAUGGAGAUUUUCCUUUUCUUACUCGUGCUACUUUUGAUCAACUCAUAUCAGAAUUUUUAUCAAAUCGCAAACCUAUGCAGCAAAGAAAAACAUGUCCAUUGCACAUUAAAGAGGCAUCAGAAGUCACUGUAUUUCUGUUUUCUGUUUUUACAGUGUUUGGACCUCCUUAUAUUUUACAGAGUGAUAAUGGACAGGAGUUUAUCGCGCAAAUAAUUCAUGAGCUUCUUAAGGAGGAUUUGUCCAAUCUAAUUGAAGGUGAUGAAGAUUCAGAAAACGUAGAUAAUAGUGAUUAUGAUGAUUUUAAUGAUACAAAUAAUUACAAAGAAUUGCUUCAACAUGUUAAUGUUAGUCAAGAUAAAGUAUCUGAAUCAAUUCAAACAUUUAACGAUAGUGCUGUACUAGACGAUAGGCUUUUAAUAAUUCCAAGUUCUCAAUUUUCAAUACCACUUUCUAAUAUCAUAGAAGAUGAUUACACAAUAAAGCAAUGUGCCAGUAAGGAUAAUAUUAAUAAACAAACUCAUUUUGUUAAUUAUGAGGAUAUUGAAACAUCUAACGCUUAA